AUGACAGGACACUCCUUCACACUCAGUGUUAUAAAUGGUCUUGCUCAACACCAAGGGACGCUUCGCCUAUCACUUGGAAAUUUACAAGGUUAUAUUCACCAGGAGAAUUCUAAUCACUGGAAAAGACAGGAGGCAACAGUUGCUUGUCGAUUUAAAGCCUUCGCUUAUAAUCAUUUUGGACGUAAAACAGGAUGGAGGCUGAUUAGUUCUGUUUCAUGUCUUGGAAAUGAGAGGGUUUUAGGACAGUGCGCAAUGAAUUAUGGACAGGGAGAAAUGAUAUCAACCGAGUUCCAAGGAGUCAUAUGCACAGGUAUGGACGACUAUGCAGUCCGUUUAUCAGAUGGUCAGUACGACAGAGGUCGAGUAGAAAUAUCAAUAGGAGGAACCUGGGGAAGUGUGUCAUCCUCCAGCGUCUGGUCAUCUGGCAAAAACGCUCAAGUUAUCUGUACCCAACUGGGAUUUCAUUCCGGAGUAGCCAUCACCAAUGGAACAUACCUUCGCGGAUUAGGUCCGGUCUGGAUUAGAGAUUUAAAUUGUGCUGGCCAUGAGAGAUCAAUACGUGACUGUUCCUUUACAAUUAAUGGAACAGAUUUAUAUUCCAGAUCAUCUACACCUGAUGUCGGCGUCAUUUGUCUCAAUCAAAGGUUUACACAGGUGACUUCAUCUACGAAAAUUUUGAGGUCGUCACAAACUUCACAAGAAAAUGUUCCAACUACAGAAAAUGUAUUGAAACCAAAUAAUACAACAGAAGGAAAUGAGGAGACAUCAGAUGAAACAGACAAAGAAGAGGAGAUUACCAGUGAUAAUACGGGAUUGUUUGUGGGCAUCUCUGUGGCAGCUCUCUCUGUCGUCUUUUUCAUUGUUCUAGUUAUAUGCUGGAAAUUGAGAAGUACAGAUAAAAAAGAUGCCAGUUUGAGUACCGAUGUUCGAAAGAAAAGUGAUACACAUAAAGGACAGCAGUCGUCAAAUGACUUGGAACAAGCUGAGCAGAAGGAUGUCAAUGUUCAAAGACAGGAUAACCCUGCUUAUAUGCAGGACAAAAGGGGAUAUAGCUCUGAAAGUUGUCCUCACAACAAUUGCAUUCCAGGGAUGGACCUCAUUCAAUUUCCCGUUCAGGAGAGGUUGUAUUCUACAGUCAGCAGCAACUCGUCGUCAUUUGCUAUCGUUACUCCAGUGCUUGAUUGCUAG